AUGGAAGCAUCCGUCGCCUACGCUCUGUUUCUGCACCGCCAGGAGUUGCAUCGCCGCCAGAUGCUCUACACCCAGGUGUCCAAGACCAAGAUCCAGUUGACCAAGGAACUGAUCGCUGAGCAGAAGCAGCGACUGUCCUCCUGCAGUCCCGAGGAUCUGCAGAUCCUUAGCCGGGAGCAGCAGUUUAAGAGGCAGCUCCAGCAGAAACUGAAGCAUCGCAAUAAGCAGCUUAAGGCCAUUGCCAAGCACCAGGAAAAGCGGUGCUUAGAUGGUCUUUAG